UUGUUUUUUUUAUAAUCUGUUCAUCGAAUCUUCACUCUUUGAUUUCUAUGUUUGUAUUGAUAUCUCUACAAAAUCCAGUAGCUACAUAGCCCGAGAUUGUGCUCGUGGAGGAAGUAAUCUAUCAGAAGUUACCAUUUCGUGGCGAUCACAAAGACGAUUCAAAAAAUGUGGAGGAACAUUUUGGGAAGAGCUUCAUUGAGAAAGGUUAAGUUUUUAUCUGAUUCUAGCUCCGGUCCUCAUUUUCAAGUGAAUAGAGUUCGUGGGAUUCUUUCUUCUGUUAAUCUCAGUGGCGGUAGAAAUGGAUUAUCGAUAAACCCAAUUGAAGAAUUGGGAAGAUUUAGCUCGUUUCGUUAUGGUCAAUGCUAUGUUUUUGAAGGGUAUGUUACAGCUGCUCAAGCUAUUGAUUCGACUGAUCCUGAAGAUGAGUCUUCUGGGUCUGAUGAAGUUAAUGAAUUGAUAACGGAAAUGGAGAAAGAAACUGAGAGAAUCCGUAAAAAAGCUAGGCUUGCAGCGACACCGCCAAAGAGAAUUAUUGCGGGAAUGGGAGCACAGAAGUACUAUAUGCUGAGACAAAGACAAGUGAAAAUGGAGACUGAAGAAUGGGAAAGAGCAGCGAGAGAGUGUCGUGAGAUUCUUGCAGAUAUGUGUGAGCAGAAGCUUGCACCGAAUUUGCCUUAUAUUAAGACUUUGUUUCUCGGCUGGUUUGAGCCUGUGCGUGAUGCUAUUCAAGCUGAUCUUGAUGCUUUCAAAAUCAAGAAAGGGAAAAUUCCGUAUGCGCCUUUUAUGGAGCAGUUACCGGCUGAUAAGAUGGCUGUUAUCACUAUGAAUAAGAUGAUGGGAUUGUUGAUGACUAAUGCUGAAGGCGUUGGCAUUGUUAAGCUAGUUAAUGCUGCUACUCAGAUCGGGGAAGCCGUUGAGCAGGAGGUCAGGAUCAACAGUUUUUUGCAGAAAACUAAAAAUAAAAAAAAUGCAACUGACAAGACGAUUGAAACAGAAGCUGUGCAUGUUUCAGAAGAAACCGUGGCCAAAGAAACGGAAAAGGCGAGGAAACGAGCUACUGUACUGAUGGAAAAAAAGAAGUUGAGGGAAGUAAAAGCAAUAGUGAGGAAACAUGACUCAUUCAAGCCAUGGGGUCAAGAGGCUCAAGUGAAGGUCGGCGCACGUUUGAUUCAGCUGCUGAUUGAAAAUGCAUAUAUACAACCUCCAGCUGAACAGUUUGAUGAUGGUCCACCUGACAUCCGACCUGCUUUUAAGCAAAAUUUCAGAACUGUCACAUUAGAAAAUACAAAAACGAGCAGGAGAUAUGGUUGCAUCGAAUGCGAUCCUUUGGUCCUAAAGGGCCUUGACAAAUCAGCUAGACAUAUGGUCAUUCCCCACUUGCCAAUGCUAAUACCUCCCCAGAACUGGACAGGGUAUGAUCAAGGGGCACACCUUUUCUUGCCUUCAUACGUCAUGAGAACACAUGGAGCUAAACAACAACGUACUGUAAUGAAACGAACUCCAAAGGAGCAACUGGAGCCAGUGUAUGAGGCUUUAGAUACUCUAGGAAACACCAAAUGGAGAAUAAACAAAAAGGUGUUAAGUUUGGUGGACAGAAUCUGGGCUAAUGGAGGUCGCCUUGGUGGUCUGGUUGACCGUGAAGAUGUACCCCUUCCAGAGGAGCCGGAAAGGGAAGACCAGGAAAAUUUUAAAAAUUGGAAAUGGGAAUCGAAAAAAGCAGUUAAGCAAAAUAAUGAGAGACAUUCACAAAGGUGUGAUAUAGAGCUCAAACUCGAGGUGGCACGUAAAAUGAAGGACGAGGAAGGUUUUUACUACCCUCACAAUGUUGAUUUUCGUGGCCGAGCAUAUCCCAUUCAUCCAUAUCUUAACCAUCUCGGGUCUGAUCUCUGCCGAGGCAUCCUUGAGUUUUGUGAGGGAAAGCCUCUUGGGAAAUCCGGGUUGCGUUGGCUGAAGAUACAUAUAGCAAACUUAUAUGCUGGUGGAGUCGAUAAGCUGGCUUAUGAGGAUAGGAUUGCAUUUACUGAGAGUCACUUGGAAGAUAUAUUUGAUUCUUCUGAUAGACCUCUUGAAGGAAAAAGAUGGUGGCUUAACGCAGAGAAUCCCUUUCAAUGUUUGGCUGCUUGCAUCAAUCUUUCAGAAGCCUUGAGAAGCCCCUUUCCUGAAGCUGCUAUAUCUCAUAUCCCCAUCCACCAGGAUGGUUCAUGUAAUGGUUUACAACACUAUGCUGCUCUUGGGAGGGAUAAGUUGGGAGCAGAUGCUGUCAACCUUGUAACAGGUGAAAAGCCGGCAGAUGUUUAUGCACAAAUUGCGGCUAGGGUUUUCAAGAUCAUGCAGCAAGAUGCAGAGGAAGAUCCUGAAACGUUUCCAAAUGCCACAUAUGCCAAACUCAUGCUCGACCAGGUUGACAGAAAGCUGGUAAAACAGACUGUCAUGACAUCAGUGUAUGGUGUUACUUAUUCUGGCGCACGUGACCAAAUAAAGAAGAGGUUAAAAGAACGUGGUACCUUUGAGGACGACUCACUGACUUUUCAUGCAGCUUGUUAUGCAGCAAAAAUCACUUUGAAAGCAUUGGAAGAGAUGUUUGAAGCUGCAAGAGCUAUCAAGAGUUGGUUUGGUGAUUGUGCAAAGAUAAUAGCUUCAGAAAACAAAGCAGUUUGUUGGACGACUCCUCUUGGACUUCCAGUUGUACAGCCUUAUCGGAAGCCUGGAAGACAUUUGGUUAAGACUACCCUUCAGGUGUUGACUCUAAGCCGUGAGACUGAUAAGAUCAUGGCGAGGAGGCAGAUGACUGCUUUUGCACCAAAUUUUAUACAUUCUCUUGACGGGUCUCACAUGAUGAUGACAGCAGUUGCCUGCAACAGGGCGGGCUUGAGUUUCGCAGGGGUGCAUGAUUCGUUCUGGACGCAUGCCUGUGAUGUUGAAAUAAUGAACACAAUACUCAGAGAGAAGUUUGUCGAGCUCUACGAAAAGCCAAUCUUAGAAAACUUGUUGGAGAGUUUCCAGAAGUCCUUCCCAGACAUAAGUUUUCCGCCAUUACCAGAACGAGGCGACUUUGAUCUGAGGAAGGUCCUACAGUCGACAUACUUCUUCAACUGAGCUGCAACACAUUCAGGUUACUUACAUAUUGGAAGGUCCAAUACUCCACGUCUAACAUUCAGGGCAGAGUAAGUUUGCUUCUUCUGGCCAAUACAACAUCCACAUUGAUCAAAGGGGAAAGAUUCUUUGCAAUCAGGAAUAAGGAAUGUUGAUGGUU